AUGACUCACAUUUUGGUCAUGGUGGACAAGUUUAUCAAGUGGGUGGAACUUAAACCAAUCCGGAAAUGCGAUGGGCACACAGCCGUGAAGUUUCUGAAGGACAUCAUUCUACGGUAUGGUUACCCGCACAGCAUUAUCACAGAUAAUGGCUCGCAUUUUGCCAAGGGAGAAUUCUCGUGGUUCUGUGAGGAUAACAGAAUCUGGCUUGAUAUUGCUUCUGUGGCACACCCACAGGCUAAUGGGCAAGUAGAAAGAACAAAUGCGCUUGUGCUCUCCGGCAUAAAGCCCCGGCUUAUUGAGUCACUGGAAAAAAAUGCCAGGAUGUUGUCUUGA